AUGAUCCCAAAACUGUCAAGCGAACCCGCGACGUGGCCUCACUGGGAAAACUUACUGUUAGCUGAUCCACACUUCGGAAACCCGGAAGGCAUCGACAUUAUCCUAGGAGCAGAGAUAUACGGGCAUCUUCUCGAAGGCUCGAUUAUAAAAGGUCCUUCAAACGCCCCUAUCACUCAGGCAUCAAAACUUGGCUGGAUCUCCGGCCCAACCCACUCUUAUUUAGCAGCCGUCGAGUCUCAAGCUUAUCAUUGUUCAGUAACUCAUGACUUGCAUGAGUUACUGGAACGGUUUUGGCACCAAGAGGAAGUCAGUGGAUUGAAGAAGGAAACUCUGUCCACAACCGAACAAGAUUGCGAAAAUCAUUUCGCCUCCACCCAUUCACGAACCCCAGCCGGAAAGUACGUCGUUCGGCUACCGUUGAAAUUACCGGUCGCUCGCUUAGGGGACUCGAAACCCUCUGCAAUCACUUAUGCUGCGUUCGUGAAGGAGUAUCACAAUUUGCGGCAUAUGACCCGGAUCCCUGACGGCGAACCAGACCCGCCGUGUGUUUUCUAUCUUCCUCAUCAUGGAGUCAUACGAGAGAGUAACUCCACUACCAAACUGCGAGUCGUCUUCAAUGGGUCAUGUAGAGUCGCUAACGGACUGCCCCUCAAUGAGAUCCUCCACACAGGGCCAAAAUUGCAGAAAGAUCUUUUCGAUGUAUUAAUGUGGUUCCGUUGCUUUCGAUUCAUUUACGCCUGUGACAUCGAGAAGAUGUACCGCCAAAUUCUAGUUGAUCCCGAGGAUCAAAUUUACCAGCGAAUUCUGUGGAUAGAAGAUCGCGUACGCAUCCCUUAUCAACUUGCCACUGUUACUUACGGAUUGGCCUGUGCCCCGUAUCUCGCCCUCAGGGUGAUCCAACAGCUGAUCAAAGACGAAGGUCAUAGAUUCCUACUCGCUGUCAGCGUCAUGGAGAACGGACGAUAUGUCGACAACAUCUACGGAGGAGCUGACACCAUCGACGAAGCAAAAGAGACUGCACUGCAGGUGUCUCAGCUCUGCAUGGCGGGCGGCUUUCCGCUGCGCAAAUGGACUAGUAACGAUCCUCACGUAUUGACAACUAUUCCGGCUCAGCACCACAAUCCCAUUCAAGGUCCAUUCAGGACGAUGUCGUUCGCGCCCUCGGAUUAUCAUGGAAUCCACGAUCAGACACUCUCCAUUUCCAUUUCACUCGAUCAAUAUCUGAACACCCAUCGAAACGAGCUGUCCUCUCUUGUAUCGCUCAAUUCUUCGACCCUCUCGGUCUCCUAUCGCCCAUCAUUGUUCGAGCAAAAGUCUUCUUGCAAGAACUCUGGGCAAUAA